AUGAAACUUAUGCCAUGCAUCAUCCUCUUGGCCGCCGUGUCUGCUCAAACCGAGUCUUCGUACUUGACUCGAAUGGCAGACACAAUGAUCUCUAAGGGUGUCGCGCCUGACCGAGGAUACCAAGAUGCAGUGCUCUACCUGGGUUUUGAAAAAGCUUAUAAGCUUUCUAGGGACGACAAAUAUCUCAAUUGGUACAUUGGGCAAAUUACUGGCCCUGUAGUACUAGAGAACGGUACUAUUAAAGGUCUAAAUACAUCCAAAUACAUCCUCGAUGAGUAUCGAAUGGGUCACAACUAUCUCUACCUAUACAACGAGACAGGGGAGGAAAAGUACAAAACUGCAGCCAACACAAUCAGGCAAAUGCUUGACAGGUAUCCCCGUACACCAUCUGGUGGCUUUUGGCACCAGCAAUUCUUCCGAAACCAGAUGUGGCUAGACGGUAUUUACAUGGCAGACACGUUUUAUGCCAAGUGGACAAGUCUAUACGACCGUGACAAUGACACCGCAUGGGGUGACAUUUUGCUUCAAUAUGAGCUCAUACAUGAAAAUACUGUGAAUGAGACUACGGGCCUUCAUGUCCACGGCUGGGUUGACGGCGCAGCGUCUUGGGCUGAUCCAGAAACUGGACAGGCACCCAACGUCUGGGGCCGUGCACUUGGCUGGUAUUUUAUGUCUCUUGUUGAAGUCUUGCAGUUCUUCCCGGCUGGCCAUGUUGGUUAUGAACAACUUCUCGGAUAUCUCCAAUCUGUCGCUCUUGGACUCAAAGAGUCUCGAGACCCGGCUUCUGGUAGUUGGUGGCAGGUCAUGAACGAGCCUUAUCCUGAACGCGAGGGUAACUAUGUCGAGAGCAGUGGCUCGUCUAUGUUUACGUGGGGCCUGCUGAAAGCCAUAGACCUGGGAUAUCUGGACCGCAGUGAUUAUCUUGAUAUGGCACGAGACGCAUUCACAAGCAUUGUCAACAACUUUAUCGAAGGAGAGGAAGAGGGCCCCAUUAUUCUCAACAGUACUGUCGCCGAGUGUGGACUACUCAAUUCAAACGUGACUUUCGAAUAUUAUGUGGCCCAACCGACUCUCGAGAACGGACAGAAUGGCGUUGGGCCGUUUAUGCUUGCAGCUUAUGAAUGGGAAUCAUGGGCCAAGGAUGCAUAA